AGCGGCCCACAGACGAGCAACUUAGUUGACAACUAUGUUGCCAACAAGGUUGUAAACCAAACGAGGGUGGAAAUAGCGGUUGUCGACCAGGUUGCAAACAUCAUUUCAGUAGAAGUUUUCGUCGAGUGAACUAGUCGGUUGAGUCGGAGGAAUUAUCAGAAAAUGGAGGAAGAUCUUUUAUUAUAUAUAAUAAUAAACGAGUUAUGCGACGAUGAAAUGCAGCACACUUCUAAGAAGAGAAUAAUUUGGGCAAAAGAGUGGUACCAAAAUAGGGCUAAGUUUUCCCAUUCCGGUCUAAUGAAAGAAUUACGUAUCAGUGCACCCGACGAUUUUAAAAAUUUUCUAAGAAUGGAUGGCAAAACAUAUGACGAAUUGUUAAAUAAAGUGCGACCAUAUAUUGAAAAGCAGGACACAGUUAUGAGGAAGGCUAUAACUACAAAUGAACGGCUUUCUGCUACCCUGCGAUUUUUAGCAAGUGGACAGAGUUUUGAGGAUUUGAAAUUCCUUACUGCUAUUUCACCCCAAAGUCUUGGAACAAUUAUAAUCGAAACUUGUCAUAUCAUAAACGAAGUACUGAAAGAAUAUAUUCAAGUACCGAAGACAAACGCUGAAUGGGUGAACGUUUCUGACGAGUUUGAGAGAAAAUGGAAUUUUCCGAACUGUAUUGGGGCUAUCGAUGGAAAGCACGUGGAAAUUAUUAAACCUGCUGAUACUGGGUCCUAUUAUUUCAAUUACAAAAAAAAGUUCAGCAUAGUUUUAUUUGCCUUAGUUGAUGCAAAUUAUGAGUUUUUAGUAGCUGAAGCUGGUGCGAACGGUCGUACGUCAGAUGGUGGAGUGUUAUCGAACAGUUUAUUUUAUGAAAAAUUCAAAAACAAUAAACUCAAUAUCCCUGAAUAUGGAAAUCUACCAAAUGACUUUCCGGAGCCAAUGCCAUUCGUACUUGUUGGCGAUGACGCGUUUCCGCUGAAAAGAAAUUUAAUGAAGCCCUAUAGAGAAACUAAACUCUCAAAUGAACAAAUAAUAUUCAACUAUAGACUAUCUAGAGCCAGGCGAAUUGUGGAGAAUGCGUUUGGAAUACUUGCAUCCAGAUUUCGGAUUCUCCUGAACACCAUAAAUUUGUCUCCCGAGAAGGCUGCCAGGAUUACUCUAACAACCUGUUAUUUACACAAUUUUUUGAGAAGAAAAAAUCCAUCUAUCUACUUGCGAGGAAGCGUAGAUCUUGAAAAUAUAAAUACCAGUGAAAUCCAAUUAGCACCGUGGAGGACUGAAUCUCAACAACUAUGCGGACUUGAAUCCACCAUCGCAAGAAAUUCUACUGCCGCUGCGAAAGAGACGAGACGAAAAUUUACCACCUAUUUCAAUGGAGUGGGCACAGUGCCUUGGCAAAUUCGAUAUAUUGAUAACAAUGCAUAAUUUUCUCAGGUUGUUAAUGAAUAAAAAAUAAUGUAUUUUGGAGAAAAAUAAAUGAUAACGAAAUAAAUUUGUAGAUAUCCUUAUGAAAUAAAAAUCAUGAGUUAAAAAAAAAUAUAAUUAAUUCAGAAAAACAAAAUAACAAAUAAAAAGAGUAUAUAUACAAAAAAGAAAAUGAAUAAAAAUCAAUAUGAUGAUAUUCUUCAUACUAUGUACAUAAUAAAACUGAUCACAUA